AUGCCCAAGAAUGACUCAAAAAAACCUCUCUCGAGCCCAAAUGGAUACAAGGCCCUCAUCUCAGCACUCUCAAAGCUUUCAUCGAAAGGAAAGGAUGCGACAAUCACUGUUUUCCUUCCACCGCUUUCAAAGGUGCAAAAACUCCCCUCUGCCAACAUGAACCUGCAUAAGGACGACGCUGAGCUUGAAGAAUUUUCUCAAGGACCCAUCGGUUUAUUGAUUCGUGAACAAAAGAUGCAUCAAGCAAGGGUGGAUCUACUCAAUCACCAAUACACCAAUGAAAUCAGUGAGAUUUACAGCAUGUACCCCAUUGGGAAUGACCCAUGCUGGCUGCUCAAGCGUGUUUACUGUGAGCCCAGAACUCAGAAUUGCUGGGAGAUCAACAGGGCAAAUGUUGUUGUCUGGGCAGUAGCAAUAGCUGAGAAAUGUAUGGACAAAGAUAAACCUCCCGUAAGUAUGCAUUUUGCCCAUGACAGGUGCCUCAAGGCCCCAGCAACUGGUACUCAAGUCUUGAACAAUAUUGAUUCCACCACUCCCGCUGCACCUGUCCUCCUGCCUCAUGCUCUGCCCGGUAUGCAACCGCACUAUCCAUAUGGAUUCCCCCCAUACUAUGGCUAUCCUCCUUCCAUGCUGUUUGCUCCGUAUCCUCACAUGGCACAUGGAGCACACCAUGUUGCACAGCCUUAUGGAUACUCUGAUGAUAGGCCUCGUACUCCGUUACUCUGUGAUGUGACCAAUUCCAUGCCUAACUCACCCAUGAAAAUGGCACUCCCAUGUCCAGUUUCUCUCACAGAGUUUUGUGACCACUAUUUCAUUGAUGACAAAGAUAAACAGCAUCUGACAAAGCUCAAGUUCCAGCCAGGAGACCAUCGUGUUGAGCGUCUGGGAUGUGACGAUUGGCAGGGGUUUGCUGGAUUCUCCAAACUUCCUUGGGACAAUUUUUUAUCGAAGCAUAAGCACUUUAUCCAGGAUGUCAAGAAUGGAUUUUGGGACAUAUAG